CACUGUCUCACUACUAACUGAUGAUAAACGCUUCGGGUAACGGUAGCAAUGUCGCGCGGAUACACAAUAUUGUGCGUACCGUAAGCGUAACUGGCUUCAUUUAAAUCGCUGUAAUAAAGUUAAAUGCGUUGUCGCCGCGUUACGAACUGCUGCAUAACUUCUGACUGGAUCAUUUACCGGAACUUACUCGUCUUUUUAAUGAUGCCAUUUCGUUUGUGUCUUCUUAUCGCCGCAACCUGCUUGCCGUUGGUCGUUGUCGGGACCCAGAGCGAACCCUGCAGUACAACGUGGCAGAAAUGCGGGCAACUGCAGAACGAGACCUAUGGGUUACCGAAAAGCACGCCAUUUGUAUCGUGGGAUAUGAGGCAGGCCAAUGCGAAUAACACUGAGCAAGCGAGCAGCCAUUGUCGCCCUGCCGCUGCACUGGCAAGCUGCCUAGCCAGCGUGCUGCAGCGCUGUCCCGACGAUCCAAAGGUGCAGCGUUACGCAGCAAACGGUGGAUGGUACGACGCGGAAACGUGGUUGCUGGAGAGCCGAAUCUGCAACCUGUCGCUCCAUGCUGUGGGUUUCAACCUCGCUCUCGAGCACUGCGGAAAACAGCUCCCCGAAUCCCAACAAUCCCUGCUCUAUGUCGACGAUAAUGCACUGGCCCAAGCGUCAAACAACGCCUCCAUGGCGCGCCACAACAUGUGUGAGAAAUUGCAGCUGUUAACUGAGAAAACGAGUGCUGCGGCCCGCGUGCUGAUACAGAAAUGCGGAGCGGAGGUGGUGCGGGUGCUGCAUGACGGUCAUAAACAAUUAUACACGGCCCACUGUUCCAGCUGAUCGAGUACCCUUAAGAGAGACAGCGUAGUUCAACUUCCCGUAUCUGGACCUUUUGCCUUUUCGAGCUUGCACUUUCAUGCAGUCAGCUUGCACUUGCAUGCAAUCAGUUGGUGCGCGUUUUAAAUGUUUUGGGUUCUUUAUGUCUACCAUCUAGUAAUUAAUUUUUGAGGAGAUAGGUCUGAGGACCGUUUAUGACCGGAGAGAUACGGUAAAAUAAAAUUG